AUGGCUCUCCCAACGCAAACUACACAGACUACGCAUUUCCACCAGUGGGGCACGCUGCUUGUGGAUUGGGAUGGGAGUGGGGAGCCGUAUUUGUCGUAUCGAGGCGGGGCUGGUGAGGAUGGUGGGGAUUUGACUGCGGACCUGGGGGAUGAGGAGGGGUGUGGAGGACGUGAAGGGUCGGAACAAUUGUUAGGGUAUCGAUGUGAGGAUGGUGAGGCUGGCGAGGAUGAUGAGGUUUGUGGGAUUUUGGGGCAUGAAGAGGAGGAGAGGGGUGUGAGGGAGGUGCUGGAGGAGAUGCUGGGGGAGAUGAAGAUGGUUGGAGAAGAGCACGGGAAGGAGAUGGAAGAAAGGGAGGUGUCGACGAGGUUUUUGAUUCGGAGGAAGCCCGUUCCGGGAAGGCGGUCGGGUCCUGGGCGGCUGUCGGUUCCGAUGGGGCUGGAGGGACAGGAGGGGAAGAAGGAUUUGGGCGUGGAUGGUGAUAAGGCGGUUCCAGAGGUUGACAAGAGACUUCCGGAGGUGUCUGCUGAAGAGCAAAUGGAGAGAAUGCCUAUAUUUUAUAGGUAUGAGCAGGUAUCGGGUGAGCGCGAAGAGAUCAAGAGGGAGGCGGAGGAUAGGGAAGUGAAGAAGAAGGAGAACAGGGGGAGUGUAGGGAGGCUGGCUGAAGUGUUGAAGGAAGAGGGUUUGGAGGUUUGGGGCAUGUUGAAGUAUGAAGGGAAAGAGUUGAUGGCUAUUAUGAGAUACGAGGGGAAGGAGCUGUUUGAGGAGGUCAAGGAGGACGGAAAAGAGUUGUUGGACAGUUGGAGGGAGGAAAGGAGGUGGCUUUCGGUUGUGCUGAGAAACGAGUGGAGGGAUGGUAGGGUGGUGAUUGGGAAAGGGAUUAAGAAGGUAGUGUGUUAUGUUUAG